AUGUGGAACGGCGAUGGAACAGUGGAGUUUAAUGGCUUUCGAGUUCUCUAUUCAGAGGUAGAGUAUGUAAGAAGAAUAUUUGAAAGACACCCAGAAACCGCAAUGAAUCUUCGUCCAAAGAACCAGUUGGUGAAGAAUGCUUACAUGAACACCCUCCUCGACCUCAUCGACAGAGCUUGCUUAGCUCCUCAAGAGCUCACGGAAGAGGAGCUAAGAGAUGCUGAGAACACGCUUUUAGAUCUGGAAGGGGUAGGUUUUGAGUUGGAUUGGUUGAAGAAGAAACUUGAAGAGCUUUGCGUGAAGAAGAAGAAAAUGGAAGCACGUGGUGCUCGCAUGAGAGAGCUACACAGAAUGAUUGUGGAACAGAGACGAGUGUUGUUUGAGCUUGAAGUUGAACUGAAGAAUGAAGAAAACGAGGCUGUUUCCGACAGUGCUCGACUUGGUUUCGAGGAUAUUGUUUGA